CUCUCUCGCUGCCUCCCACCGUCAAAAAUGGUUUCCAUCUGAAAACUUAUUCCUCUCUCUGUCUGCAUUUUUCUGUCAGGCCGUUCUCUCCGCUGUCCUUCCCGGAAGCAAUCUCUCUCUCUCUCUCUCUCUGUGUGUCUCUGACGAUUUCUUUUCAUUCGCCAGUGAUCAGAAGGAAGAUCCCUCAGGCAGCGGGUCGCCCUUCCUUGCCAUCCUCACCUAGUGCGCGAAAAGUAAAACCUGUUCGCCACCCCCUUUUGCCCGAAUAUGAUGCGCGAAAGAGUCAGCUGGUUUUGUUGAAAUGGAGGUCAUGUCUGUCUAAUCAAUCACUUCAACACUAUUCGUUUUUUGAGAACAAAGUGCUUUGCUUGUUGACGUUCGAGCUAGAGUUGCGCAGAGUAAACUUUAUUUUGAUGUUGGUGCAUAUAUUUUCUGUUUUGAAGAUGUUUAUUGACCUGAUUCGCAAAGUGCAUCCUGGUACCAGAUCUUCUCAUGCGUCAUGCGAGCACGAUGAACAGCCUUGUCUUAUCAUUGCCCUGUGCGAAAGCUGAUCGUUCGUAGGGAAUUGAAGCUUGCUCAUGGCAUACAAGACGGAGAUCUCUUGAUUCAAACUGUGGAAGGUGUAAAAUGUCAAGGAUUUUACGGACUGCUCUGGGUUAAUAUGGAAAUAUGAUCUUUGUAAUUCCGUUGCUUUCAGUCGAUGGGGUUUGGCUGUCUGCGAAGAAUCUGAAGCGUCGUGGUUUAAAAUGGGCAGGUUAUCAAGUUACGGAACCGAUGGCUAUCCGUUUGAAUGCACUAGUGGUCAGUGUUAAAACUAGGCUUAGAUCAACUUGCAGUCUUUGCAGAUAGCAAAGUGGGAUUGCAUUUUCCUGAAUUUUAUGCAAAUCAUGGAAGGUUUAAAGAGGAAUUCCUCUUGGCUGCUUGGUAGGUGGCGUGGUGGUGAUCUGAAUAUGACGGAGCCUCAGCUUUUAGUCUUUGCUUUCUUUGCUGUUGCGAUGGUUGGUGCAAUCACCUUAGUUUACACAAUCUUUCAAUGGCGGAAAAAUAUUAGUUUAAACUGGAUGAAGGCUGUUGCUAGGACUAAGAAGAACAAAAAAGUGAAAAAUAAGAUCCCUGCUGUUAGUCAUAUAUGGAAUCCGGAGCCAGUAAGCCGUGGUAAAAAUUUUAAUUGUUGCGUCUGCUUGAAGACAAUUUCUCCUCCACAGGCUCUCGGUCCUGUUAUAUCGUCAGAAUCUGUGAUUCAUAUUUGUGAUGUUUGUGGUGCGGCAGCACAUACAACCUGCUCCCACAAAGCACACAAGGACUGCAAAUGUGUCUCCAUGAUAGGCGCGAAGCAGGUAAUGCACCAAUGGGCGAUCCGGUGGUCAGAAAUGACCGACAUCCCUGAUGAGAUUCCCUGCUGUUGCUAUUGUGAAGAACCUUGUAGCGGGUCUUUUCUUGGUGGAUCCCCAAUCUGGAGUUGCUUGUGGUGUCAGAGAUUGGUGCAUAUAGAAUGCCACACAAACCUGACGAAUGAGAUGGGUGAAAUUUGUGAUCUGGGGUCAUUUAGGAGAUUGAUUAUGUCUCCACUUUAUGUGAAGCCUUUGAGCAAUAAAACAGGCCCAGCUAGUUUUCUAAGUUCAAUAACUCAUGGUGCAAAUGAACUGGCGUCUUCUGUAUUUAGAAGUCAGAACAAACGAUACAAAAAUAGUGGCGAAAUAUCUGUUGAUACCAUUACAAGCUCUAAUACCACUGAUUUAUCCACAGAUACCAGUUCGUCAGAAGCAAACCGAACAACAAAAAGAUCUUUUUUGGAUAAUGAAGGGUGUAAUGGUGGAAACUUGAAAGUAAAUGGUUUGGUUGAUGAAAAAAUUGAUAGAAAGCCAAAGCUACAAGGAAGUGGCUCGUUUGGACGAAAUGAUGCUUCUCAUUCUACGGGAAUUGACCGCAAAUAUGAAAUUGUUGACUUGCCUCCUGAUGCAAGACCACUUUUAGUUUUCAUCAACAAGAAGAGUGGUGCUCAACGUGGUGAUACCCUCAGACAGCGUUUAAACAUUCUUUUGAAUCCUGUACAGGUCAUUGAGCUGAGCUCUUUACAGGGGCCAGAAGCUGGCCUUAACUUGUUUAGAGGAGUAUCACAUUUUAGAAUUCUUGUUUGUGGCGGUGAUGGAACAGUUGGUUGGGUUCUUGAUGCAAUUGAUAAGCAAAACUAUGAGUCACCUCCUCCAGUCGCAAUUCUUCCUGCAGGGACUGGCAAUGAUCUUGCUAGAGUCUUAUCCUGGGGUGGUGGUCUUGGUUCAAUAGAGAGACAGGGUGGGUUGGCAACAUUGUUGCAUCAUAUAGAAUAUGCAGCAGUUACCAUGCUUGAUCGCUGGAAGGUUGCCUUUAGACCCCAGAAGGAAAAGCUUGAUGUGAGUCAAACUACUAAAUAUAUGAACAAUUAUCUUGGAAUUGGAUGUGAUGCUAAAGUUGCACUUGAAAUUCAUAACCUGCGAGAGGAAAAUCCAGAGAAGUUCUAUAACCAGUUCUUGAAUAAAAUGCUGUAUGCAAGAGAAGGGGCUAAAGGCAUCAUAGAUAGGACAUUUGCGGAUCUUCCAUGGCAAAUCCGUUUGGUGGUUGAUGGGCAUGAGGUUGAGGUCCCUGAGGACUCAGAAGGCAUUCUUGUUGCUAACAUUGGAAGCUACAUGGGAGGAGUUGAUCUAUGGCAAAAUGAAGAUGAGAAUUACGAUAAUUUCGGUCCUCAAUAUAUGCAUGACAAGAUAUUGGAGGUUGUGAGCAUAUCUGGAAUAUGGCAUCUAGGGAAGCUUCAGGUUGGCCUUUCAAGAGCUCGAAGACUGGCACAAGGGCGGUCUAUUAGCAUAGAUCUCUUUUCAACCUUUCCCGUGCAGAUAGAUGGGGAACCGUGGGUUCAACAGCCAUGUACUUUAUCUAUAACUCAUCAUGGCCAGGCAUUUAUGCUAAAAAAGGCAGCCGAAGAACCUCUAGGUCACGCUGCUGCCAUUGUUGCAGAGGUGCUGGAGAAUGCUCAAAGUAGCCGUGUUAUCACAGCCUCACAAAAGAAAGCAUUGCUGCAGGAGAUGGCUCUUCGGCUCUCCUAACUCUCUCUCUCUCUCUCUCUCUCUCUCACACACACACACACACACACACACACACUCCCCCUCCCCCGCUUCCCCCCUUUUUCUCUCUCCUCCCUUUCAACGCAAUGAUAAAGUAGUUCAAUAUAGUCAGUCACACAUUGUACAACAACUAGAUACAUGGUGAAAUUCGACCAAAUGAAAGUCGGUAUAAUCAUCCUUCUGUAGUUAAUCUUCUUACAGUUGUCAUCAUGAUCAAUCUUAUUCACCAUCA